AUGGCGCCCAAGCGGAGUGCGUCCAGCAAAGCCAAGGAUAUAGAUGAUGAUAUUCCCGAUGGAACGUCAGCCCCUAGCCGGGAAGAGAAACGCAAGCGAAAGCGAACGAAAUUAAUCGUGGAAUAUCGAUUGAAAGGACUAAGUGAGCUCUCUUUCAAAGAACAGAUUGUUUUAAUCAAGAGUUAUCUGAAGGAUAGGGAGUACCCGAAGGGAUGCUCACAGAGCUUUCGGAGGAGUCUUCGCCGCCGCACGAAGACGUUUCGGCUGGACCCCGAGGCAGAAGACCGCUUGCAGUAUGGGAAACUCGAGCAUGGGCUGCCGAAACCGAAAUGGCUUGAAGUCGUUGGUGACCCUGACGAACAGAAGAAUCUUAUGAUGACAAAUCAUAUCAGCGAGGAUGAUGGGCACCAUCUCGGCAGGGACAUCACUCACAAGAGAGUGACGGAUCGGUACUACUGGCAGACGGUCGGGCAGGACUGCAUCAACUUUGUGCGGAACUGUACCGUAUGUCAGUCCAGCACGGCGCCGAGGAGCAAGGAGGGUACCUCGGUUGGAUGGAGUCCAGCAAAGUCCGGCAGGGUCCAGUACGGGUCAGGAGUGUGGAAACAGGCGGGAGUUGCUAUCCUGGGGCCUUUCGAGCGGACGUUGAGAGACAACAAAUUCCUGGUUGUGGUUUGGGAUUACUUCACCAAGUGGUCGGAAGCAGAAGCCAUACCUUACACAUCUUCUCUCCUCAUAGCUCGCUUCCUCUACUCGGUGAUGACCAGAUUGGGAUGGGUGCGCAUCACGUUCUACGACGAACCCUCCGACUUUGUCCAGGAAAUCCAGGACGAGUUCUCCUCCAUCAGCCGGGCCAACCAGACAUUCCAUGCCGCGGAGAAACCCGACGACGUCUCGCUGGACGAACCCUACUGCAACUCGGUUAUGGAGGCACUCUUCACCCUGACCCGGGGCCACGUGGAGGACUGGGACCAGCAUAUAGACUGGGCCAUGUACCAGUACAGGACCACCAAACACCCCAUCAUGGGCUACUCACCCUUCCAACUCAUGUUCAAUAGAGCUCCCUAUGAUCCUAACAACACUGAUCAGAACAGCGAGACGUACGAAGAUCACGUCCAAGAAUCCGGCGAGAGGAAGAGGGUGCUCCUCAAAGAUGCCAGGCGCAUCCUGAGCAACGCAAGAUUGCGCCACCACAGGCGGAUAAGACGAGGAGAUGAAGCCAGCAAUACAACAUGUCCAACUCAGCCUCAGUCACAAGACUCGCCACCAAACCAGCAUCAACAAGCUAGUCAACAACUCUUACCACCCAGACAGCCACAACAACCACAACACCAACAGCAGCAACAACAUCAGCCACCUCUACGACUACCUCCCCCUCCACCACAACCCCGCCAUCCUCAUCCUCACCAGCAACACCAACCGCAGCAACAGCAGCAGCAGCAGCAACCUGGACCCAGGCAACAAGGUCAACCACCGCAGCAACCCGGACAACCACCACCACAUCUCUCGCAACAGCCGCCACUGACACAGCUGCCACCCCCGCCACCCAUCCAUCAACCCAUCUUAACUGUCUACCAGCACCCCGAACACCCCCAGGCCGAGACACAAGUCAUCAGCUCCAGUUAUGCGUACAUGGAUCUUCCAGCCCUAUCCUGCCCCUAA